AUGACCCCUCACGAAGAGGCUCGGCACUACCACGAGCACGUCUACUACAAUGCGCCCCCUCCGCCGCAUCAUACUCCCAGCCACGACGGCUCGCUCACACAUGAGGCACUCGCGGGCGCGGCGGGUUUCGCGGCUAUGGAUGCGUACGAGUCGCACCUCCGCGCAACUGGUCAGCCCGUGUCUCAUCCUGUCAUGAAGGAGAUUCUCGCCGCGGCAGCUGCGGCAGAGGUGGAGAAGCUCGUCGGGACUAAGGGCCUCCCCGUAUCUCGACCGCCGCAGGGCAAAGAAGAUGGCCGAGGAGCAAGCGUAAUGGACCGGCUCAAGCGUUUUAUGGGUAUGGUGGUAGUGGCGCGCAAUACGGCCAGGAUUACCCUCCGCCAUCAGUAUAUGGUCAGGGACAUUGGUAGUUGCGAAGUGCAUGGGCGGUGGUGUCACUUUAAGCUUAAGUCGUAA